UCAGCCAGCACGAGUGCCGCCACAUACAUGCGCAUGCAAAUGCCGCCGCCCUCCGCGCUGGCCGGCGCCGAGCCCGUGGUGUUCGCGUCCACCAAGCCCCUGCCCGCCUUCCGCAGCAUUGACGACGAGGAGGAUGCGGCGGCGCAUCUCCCCCAUCCUCCUGCCUCGUCAAGUUUCCAGUCCUCGUGGACCGAGGCGGAGGCCGACGCCGCCGCCAAGAGCCCGCGCCAGCCCAAGCGCGACGUGUUCGUGUGCCCCGAGGUGCACUGCGGCAAGCAGUUCCCGCGCUCGUUCGCGCUGCGGCGCCACAUGCGCAUCCACACGGGCACCAAGCCGUACGCGUGCGACUACCAGGGCUGCGCGCAGCGGUUCAACACGUCGGGCAACCUGAGCCGCCACAAGCGCAUCCACAGCGGCGAGCGGCCGUACCCGUGCUGCUUCGAGACGUGCGGCAAGCGCUUCAACACGAGCACCAAGCUCAAGCGCCACAUGCGCAUCCACUUCCCGGACGGCCAGAACCUCUUCCGCUGCACCGAGCCGGCGUGCUCGUGGGCCUGCGACAACUACAAGGAGUACGUGCAGCACCAGAAGCUGCACAGCAGCGUGGCCGAGGGCUUCAGCCACGCCGCCGACGAGAACGUGAACGCCAGCAACGGCAACCACCUCCUGGACAGGCGAAGCCCCACGAGCCUCAAGUCGAACCGCGUCAUGCCCUCCCCCAUGGGCCUCAUGCAGCCCGACGCAGAGCCCCGACACGUCGAGUUCCCGCAGCAGUCGGUCAUGCACGACGACUUCUACCAGCAGGACCGCAGCCGCAUGUUCGCAGUUCCGGGUCCGAGUCCCAUGAUGAUGCACAAGGAGCCUCAGCGGGAAGAGAACGACUACCGCCGAGUGGCGGGCCCGGUGCUAGCUGCCAAGUCGUUCAUGGACGACCGGUCGCAAGCCCCCGCUCCGAGGUUGCCGUUCCCGACUCGCGCCUUCCCGUCCGAGACGGUGGGGAUGCCCAGCAGCGGCCUCUUGGGCUCGUCGUUCCACCCGCUGACCCACUUGCCGCCGACGUCCUCGCACCGCUACUACGACUCAACCACCCCCGCCAGCUCCGUGGAGAUGGCGACGUCUAGCAGCCCGAGCUACGCGUCAGUGGGCUCGUACGCGUCAGCUCAGGCCCCGUACUCGUCGUACCGCGACACCAACGUGUUCGUGAGCUCGUACCAGCCGACGUCGACCACGACGUCGUUCAUGGCCACGUCCGAGCCGUACUCGCAGCCCAUGCGCCAAGAAGACAUGGAGCGCCAGUACGAGAGCUCGUCGCCGCACAACAUGCAGCAACCGCAGUCUCCGCCGCAGCAGCAGGCGCAGACCCAAGCAGGGUACGGCUCGAACCCUGCGCCGGCCGAGUUCACGGGCGAGGAGCUCAGUGCGGUGCUGGAGCUCAUGAAGGACUCCUAA